UCUGGGAGGGGCCGAGGGUGGUCCCUCAGAUCCCGGCAGCCCCAGCCCACUGGGAGGUCAGACGCCUCCUUGGCUGGACGUCUGCACCAUGGACAGGGAUCUGAGUGACGAGGACAGUGUGGCCGACCUCAGCUUUGAGGCCGAGAGUCCUCUGGCGCCCCCGGCUGAGCUCCUGGACAGACUGCCCAGCUAUGACUGGCUUCUGCAAGGAGGUGGUCGGCAGAUAUUCUUUCCACCUUUGGAGGCUCCCGGGAGACCCCUGGACCAAAGGUGCUGGUCCUCAUUCAUGGAACUCAGAGUCCCCACGGUGACAGAGGAAGUGGCUCGUGAAGCCCUCCUCAGCUUUGUGAGCUCCAAAUGCUGCUAUGGCAGCGCGGCCGCCGGGGACCUCGUCAUCCAGGAGCUCAAGCAGCAGACCCUCUGCAGGUAUCGACUAGAGACUUUUAGCGAAUCAAGGAUAAGCGAAUGGACAUUUCAACCCUUUACUAACCAGUCAGUGGAUGGGCCACAAAGAGGGACCUCCCCCAGACUGUGGGACAUCAGGGUCCAGGUCCCCCCGAUGUUUCAUGAAGACACGAGGAAGUUCCAAGUCCCUCACUCGUCAGUGGUCAAGGAAUGUCACAAAUGCCAUGGGCGUGGGCGCUACAAGUGCAGCGGCUGCCAUGGGGCUGGCAUGGUGAGAUGCUCCUCCUGCAGCGGAGCCAAGCGCAAAGCCAAGCAGUCCCGGAGGUGUCAGAUGUGCUCAGGGUCUGGCAGGCGGAGGUGCAGCACAUGCUCAGGGAGGGGAAACAAGACCUGCGCCACCUGCAAGGGGGAGAAGAAACUGCUGCACUUCAUCCAGCUGGUCAUCAUGUGGAAGAACAGCCUGUUUGAGUUUGUGUCUGAGCACCGACUGAAUUGCCCUGGGGAGCUCCUUGCUAAAGCCAAAGGAGAAAGCCUCUUUAAGGAUGAAAACACCACGGUGUACCCCAUUGUGGAUUUCCCGCUGCGGGAGAUCUCUCUGGCUUCCCAGAGGGGCAUUGCGGAGCACAGCGCUGCCCUGGCCUCCCGGGCCCGAGUCCUGCAGCAGCGCCAGACCAUCGAGCUGAUCCCCCUCACAGAAGUUCAUUACUGGUACCAAGGACAGACUUAUGUCUACUACAUCUAUGGCACUGACCACAGGGUGUAUGUGGUGGACUACCCUGAGCGGUACUGCUGUGGCUGCACCAUCAUCUGACAUGGCUCAGCUAUCUCCAGAGCCUGCACUCUUGUUCCCCAAGGAGGACAAAUGAGGUCCCCGAGUGACUGGCUACAUUGGACGAUCAUAUACAAAUCCCAGUGUGUCCUUCUAGACAGUUCAACGUAUCACCUGUCAAGCUUUCCAGAGCUCAUCUAGAGGAAUCCAUCAUCAUGUGUUUAACCUACGAGAAUCCAGCUACACACAUUUCUUUAGAACAGAUAAUUUAAGCGGCCCCUGGUCUCCCAAGCUUUCGCCCCGAUGGAGCGUGUGGUUUGAUUUUGCCUCUCCCUUUAGCUUGCUCAGUUCUGCGGGGCCACUGCUAGGGUGAGCCUUUUGCCAAGCUGAGCGUUAUUC